AUGCAUGACAAUAAUUUUUUGGAAGAUUUACAUGACAUUAAUUUUGAGGAUUUUUUAAAACAUUUUAUUUUCCUUACGAAUGAAAAAAGCACAUUAAGAGGAAGUAACUGUGAAGGGGAAAAAACGGAGACAAUUCAAUAUGUCGAAUCUAAAGAAGAGGAGUCAAAUGGAUGGAAUAUUCUCUUGUUGUCCUUAGCUAAUGAUAUUAUAAAUAAUGAAACGAAUAAAUAUUUUUACCGAAGGAUUUAUUGGCCUCUGCUACUGGGAGUUUACAAUUCCGUGAAUAAUUUGAACGAACUAAUAAAUGAUAUUCAGAAAAAAAGAAAUAUAUACAAACGGGAUAAGGAUGAAUAUAUAACAAAACAAACGAAUUUAAAUAUUCAAAAAUUAGACCCACAGAUCUUUCAUCCUCUAUCAUCGGAUGAUAAAAAUCCAUGGACAUUAAAACAGAAAAAUCAAGAGUUAAAUGAAGAAAUAAAGCAAGACAUUUUGAGAACACAUUCAGAAAAAAGGAUUUUUCAAAAUGAAACAGUAAGGGAUACAUUAUGUAAAAUACUUUUUCUGUGGGCUAAGAAAAAUCCGUCUAUAUCAUAUAAACAAGGAAUGAACGAAUUAUUAGCCAUUUUUUUCAUUGUUAAUUAUCGUGAACAAGUUACCAGUAAUCUUCUUAAUUUGAAAAAUGAUAAAUAUUAUAAACAGUAUUGCAUACUAUUUGAUAAUAAUGAAAUCGAAUCAGAUACAUAUAUCAUAUUUGACCAUUUUAUGAAUAUGGGUUUAAAAUAUUUAUUUACUUCUCCGGAAGAAGAAAAAAAAAUUCAACCAUCAAAAAAUUCAUCCAAAACUGUGUUAUUACACAAGUGUACAUAUAUAUUUCAUAAAUUACUGAAAAAUUUGGAUAAAUUAAUGUAUAAUCAUUUGAUAUCCCUCAGCAUUGAACCACAAAUUUUUUUGCUUAGAUGGAUUCGUCUCUUUUAUUGCAGAGAAUUUCAGAUUGGUGAUACGGUUAUUUUAUGGGACAAUUUUUUUUCAGAUUGCUACUUAAAAAACUGGAAAAAUGGCUUCAUUUCUGAAUUUACGGGUGAUACUAUAGAAGUUGCCCAUACAAUAUCGGAUGUAUUCCCCAUGGUAGAUUAUUUUGCCAUAUCGAUGAUCUUAUUUAUCAGAUCUUUCUUACUAGAAAAUGAUGAAAAUUAUUGUUUAAAGAGACUAUUUAAAUACCCACCUGUUGAAAAUAUAAGGAUAUUAAUUGAUUUAUCCUUCAAAAUUAAAGCCAAAAGUGAGAAAAAAGAAAAUUGUAUAAAAAGGGAUAACCUACCAGUUUCUAAUCAUGUCAAUAAUGUUAACACUGUAAGUAUGAGCAAUGUAAGCACGAAUGUGAAUUUGAAUGUAAGUAACAGCCUAAUCGCGUUUCAUGUGAAGAAUGGGUCAAAAUAUUGUGGUAACAGCAACAUUACUAGUGAAUACAUAGAAAGAAAUAGAUACACAUCUAACGUCAACACUCUUAAAAUAAAUAAAGAAGCCAAAAAUUUAAGCUCACCUAUGACGUUAUCCUGCAUUAAUAAUAAACUAAAUAAGGUUAUUGACAACUUAAAUAAUUUAUCUUUUAGUAUGGGGAAUGAAAUUCAUCGUGUGGAACUUCAGCAAAAUGUACUUCAUUUACAUGAAAUAUUCCGAGAAUUGAAAAAUAUGGAACAUAAUUAUGAAGAAUCUAAAAAUGAAGACAUGGAAAUCAACAGGAAGAAGGAAAUCCCCCAGAUAUAUUUUGGCUAA